GUCAUGUUCUGGGGAUCUGAGCAUUGCAUUGUCGCAUCCCACUUUCGCCUUGCGACCUCGCGACCUCGCGACCCCGCGACCCAUGGCCAUGCAUCGGGAGAUGCCGGAGGGGCCGAUGGUCGAGCCGACGGGAAUGCCGCGCUUGAGCCCUUCACAGCUACUUGAGCACCUCGAGAAAAGUCGACAGUCUGGCCAGCUUCAGAACAUGCCGUCCCUGGCGCAGGCAGCAAAUGGCCAUCAAGGGAGAUGGGGCUCCCAAGCGCAGAUGCAUGGCCAUCCAGGCCAACAUGGCCCCGCGGUUUCCCCGCAUGCGCCAUCGUAUGGUGCACACCCAGCACACGCGGCGCAGCCGCCGCCACACCCAGCAGCGCACCCGCCCCCGCAGCCGCCCCCCCACCUAGCUGCACACUCGCCGCCACACCUAGCAGCACACCCGCCCCCGCACAUGGCAGCGCAGCCGCCCCCCCACCUAGCUGCACACUCGCCGCCACACCUAGCAGCACACCCGGCGGCACAUCCGGCGGCGCACCCACCGCCACAUUCAGUGGCACACCCGGCAGCGCACCCAGCACAUCCACCACAUCCAGCAGCACACCCAGCAGCUUCUGGCCCUCAAGCACAUCCAGCGCACCCGGCGCAUCAAGCUCACCCAUCUCCACACUCAACGCACGGGUCACAUCCGGCUCCAUCGCACCCAUGCCACGCAGCGAACAGUUCACCCCACCUCUCGGGGUCAAAAGGACCUCAGCUGCCGCUGGAGAAGCGCGCGGCCUCGCCACCGAUCUCACCUCAUAGGGAGUUGGACCACCAUGACGAGGAGCUUUUGCACCGCCUCAAGGAGCGCCAUGCCGACGUGGCUGCCAAGGCCUCUUUGCCCUCGUCGAAAACCUCCCACGGGGACCGGGGGGCCCUGUCCCCGCACGCAGCCCAUGCAGCCCAUGCUGCUCACGCGGCUGCGGUCAGCGGGGAUUUGGAGCCGCCCUUGACAUUGCCCCGGAAGGGGGAGGAGUCCCUGGAGCUCACGGAGGCCAUGCAGACGGAGGCGGCGGCCCGGGACGUGGAGCUCCACGUGCUCCGCAAGGAGCUGGCGACGCGGAAGGAAGAGCACUUGAACUUGGAGAGCCAAAUGCGCGAUAAGGAGGCGAAGCUUCGGGCGGCCACGGGCCAGGCGAGCACCUUGUCGGCCAAGGUGGAGGCCAAGGCCAACGGGGAGCAGGCGGUACUGCACGCGUCGGCGCGGCAGAUUGACAUGCAGACCUCCGCUCUGCGGAAGCGGCUGGCGCAGAUGGGCACGGAGUUGGCCGAGAAGGAGGAGGAGUUGCAGGCUAUGCAGGAGGCCUGCCAGCAUGGCAGCAAUGCCUUGAAAGCCAAAGAGCAACAGCACAAGGCGAUGCUCGAAAAGCACAAGGCGCAAGAUGAGCAGGUGAAGAAGCUGCAGACGGAUAGCCACCAGCUACAACGACACCUCUCCAUCGACCACUGGCGCCAUCAGGUGGAGGCCCUGGUGGAGCAGGAGAAGCAGGAGGCGCAUUUGGUGAAGCAGCGCCGGGAGAAGCAGCGCCAGGUGGAAGCCUUCAACGAGGAGCUGGGGACCUUGCGGAGCUACUUGAUACGUAUGGAGGAGAAGAGCAACUACCACAAGGAGGAGAUUGCUCGGCGCAAGGAGCAUUUAAAGGCCCUGGUCAUGGAAGAGCGGCUCUGCGUGGCGGCGGCGCGGCUGGGCACGGGCACUGCGGAGGAGUUGAAGAAGGGCCAGAUGGAGGAGCAGCGGGCCCUCCAGGCGAAACUCCAGGAGGAGAUGGGGCGCCACAACUCCCUGGCGGAGCAGGCGAAGAGCUACGACCAGCUAGAGGCGGACGCUCGGAGAUACCAGGACCAGCUGAAAGCGCUGACCCUUUGCGUGCGGGAGGCUGCCAAGGCGAUGCAGGAGACGCCCCUUUCCACGACGAACGCGGUGGACGAGGCCAUUGCCAGCUUCACUCUGAAGAUGCGCCAACAGGGGGAGCUGGUGCCGCCCAUCUUGCGGCUGAGCGCAAUGAGCCACCAGAUGGGCAGUCUGAAUGUGAACUGCGAGCUCUCUCACUCUGGGCAGCUCUGUGUGAGGACCAAGGCGGGUUUGGUGCCCAUGGCCGACUUCAUGCGCCAGCAGGGCCUGCUGCGCGGCUCACCGGGCGCCGCCAAAACGCCGCCUCACAGCGCCCCUGCGCACGGAGCGCACGGCGCGCACGGCGCGCAUGGCGCGCACGGCCCGCACGGCGCGCACGGCGCGCACGGCGCGCACGGCGCCCAGCUGAGUCCACAGAGCGCCCAUCCGUUGCGUUCGCAUCCGGGCGCUCCGCGGGCGCAACAGGCAGUGCCAAAGAGCACAGCUCGGAAGUCGGCGGAGCAUGCGGCGGCUGAGGCACAUGCUGCGCCGCACAAGAUUGUUCACCAUGAAGGGGGGGCCUCUAUGGCCGUGUGAGGUUUCUUGCAAAUGCUCCGUGAUGG